AUGGAAUGGGCCAAUAAGGAGGGCCACUGGAUUUUGUCGAUUAGCAGAGCAGCAUAUAUAGCAGAGGGGUAUGCGAAAAAGAGUAAAUUUACUAGCGCCGAAGUUAAGUCCUUACUCAGCAUUACGCUGGCCCAAUGGAGGAACAUGUUCAAAGCUGUGUACGACUACUUUGUCGAGAAUGCGAUUGCCGGCAGAACUAUGGGAACAGACGAGCAAUGGGACGAGACCGUGAGACUCCUACUCAGUUAUCCGCACUGGAAUAAAUUCAGACGCCUGCUUCAACAGCCGGAGGAAGAUUGCACCUUCCAAGGAGCGUUGAUCAAAGUCUGUGUGAGCAGUAUACUCCAAGAUCUUGCCAAAGGUAACUCUACUGAGGAUAGAGAGAAGUUCUCUGAAGCACUCAAACAGAAGAAGCGUGCGGCGAAGUCAGCGAAGGUGAAAGCAGAGAAGAACAAGGUGACCAAAGGGAAGGCGACCGAUACAAAAGGCAAGGGCAAGCAGCGUGAGACGGCGCCAACUCGCAGUUCGAUAAAGAGGAGCAAGCAGGCCCAGGCAUCUCUGCCCAACAACGAGGACGAGGUCUACCCUGACAUUGACGAAUUUGCCUGGUUGGAAGACAAACCGGAGAAGCGGAGGGAAAAGGCAGAUAUCAGAGAUGAGACGGACGAUGAAGAGACAUCUGAGGAAGCCGACGAGCCCUUCUCGGUGAAGACCGGGAAUGUCGAAAGGCCACAAUAUCUUACUGAUCAGCCUAUCGGCAUUUCGCAUUUUUUCCCCUCCAAAUACCGCUUUGAACGACUCGGAGGGGUGAAGUUGGGACUACGUCAAUACCGUGUUUACCAGCUGUUACCUGAACAGGUCAUCUUCCUACGGUCAGACAAAGAUGUCAGAGUAUGGCUCAAUGCUUGUAAAGUUGCACCGCAACUGAUACUAUUAGUGAUUUAUAAUGAGCAUGAUAAAAACGCCAGUCAGACUCCACCGCCGCUGUCAUUCCCCUACUUUUACGGUGACUGGGAGGUGCUGAUGGACAAUCAGUUUCAGAUUUACCGGAGAGCAUUAAGCAUCAAGGCCGAAGAGACAGGAACUCGUAAGGGGAAAGCGACGAAGAGGAAGAGAAGUGAGAUUGUGGAGGUGAGCAACGACGCCGACGAUGACGAUACUGAAGACGACGCCGACGACGACAAUGAAGACGAGGGUGAAAGUGGAGGGUCGAGUUCCUGUAAAAAUCCCAGAGGAGAGAACGCCGGAGAGGGCAGCUCGAGCAAGGCGGCCCAGAAAGACGACGAUAAUAGCGACGACGAUGACGAAUAG